UUUGGGAAAUUGCUCCUGGCCGAGGCCCUGCUGGAGCAGUGUUUGCAGGAGAACCACGCCAAGAUACAAGACUCUAUCCCUCUGCUGGGGAAGAGUGCGCCGAAGAUGAAUGAAGCCAGAAACUAUCUGAGCAGCAUCCUGAAUCACGGGAGGCUGCCGCCGCAGUACAUGUGUGAGGCCAUGCUGAUCCUGGGCAAGCUGCAUUACGUGGAGGGCUCGUACCGAGAUGCCAUCAGCAUGUACGCGCGGGCCGGGAUUGAUGACAUGUCCAUGGAGAAUAAGCCCCUGUAUCAGAUGCGGCUGCUGGCGGAGGCCUUUGUCAUCAAAGGCCUCUCCCUGGAACGCCUCCCCAACUCCAUCGCUUCCCGCCACCGCCUGACCGAGAGGGAGGAGGAAGUGAUCACCUGUUUCGAGAGGGCCUCCUGGAUCGCUCAGGUGUUCCUGCAGGAAUUGGAGAAGAUCACAAGUAACAGCACAUCCCGGCACCUGAAAGGAUCUCACCCGGUCGACUACGAGCUCACCUACUUCCUGGAAGCAGCGCUCCAGAGCGCUUAUGUGACAAACCUGAGGAAGGGGAACAUCGUGAAAGGCAUGAGAGAACUCCGGGAGGUCCUACGCACUGUGGAGACCAAAGCAACUCAGAACUUCAAAGUGAUGGCAGCCAAGCACCUGGCAGGGGUCCUGCUGCACUCCCUGAGUGAGGAAUGCUACUGGAGCCCCCUGUCCCACCCGCUGCCUGAGUUCAUGAGCAAGGAGGAGAAUUCCUUCAUCACACAGGCCCUGCGGAAACCUCAGCUCUACGAAGGAGACAACCUCUACUGCCCGAAGGAUAACAUUGAGGAAGCCCUGCUGCUGCUGCUCAUCAGCGAAUCCAUGGCUACUCGGGAUGUGGUGCUGAGCCGGGCACCGGAGCAGGAGGAGGACCGGGCAGUGAGCCUGCGGAACGCUGCGGCCAUCUACGACCUCCUGAGCAUCACGCUGGGCAGGAGGGGCCAGUACGUCAUGCUCUCUGAGUGCCUGGAGCGAGCCAUGAAGUUCGCAUUUGGAGAAUUUCACCUUUGGUACCAAGUGGCCCUCUCCAUGGUGGCUUGUGGGAAGUCAUCCUAUGCCGUGUCGCUGCUGCGGGAGUGCGUGAAGCUGCGGCCCUCGGACCCCACGGUGCCGCUGAUGGCCGCCAAGCUCUGCAUAGGGUCCCUGCACUGGCUGAAGGAGGCGCAGCACUUUGCCAUGAUGGUGAUCCAGCUCGGAGAGGAAGCCGGGGAGUUCCUCUCCAAGGGCUACCUGGCACUGGGCCUCACCUACAGCCUGCAGGCCACCGACGCGACUCUGAAAUCCAAGCAAGAUGAAUUGCACCGGAAAGCACUGCAGACGCUGGAGAGAGCCCAGCAGCUGGCGCCCGGUGACCCCCAGGUCAUCCUCUAUGUGUCCCUGCAGCUGGCCCUCGUCCGCCAGAUCUCCAGCGCCAUGGAGCAGCUGCAGGAGGCCCUGAAAGUGUGCAAGGAUGACGCCAAUGCCCUCCACCUGCUGGCGCUCCUUUUCUCCGCCCAGAAGCACCAUCAGCAUGCCCUGGAUGUCAUCAACAUGGCCAUCACGGAGCAUCCCGAGAACUUCAACCUGAUGUUCACCAAGGUGAAGCUGGAGCAGAUACUGAAAGGCCCAGAGGAAGCCCUUGUGACCUGCAGACAGAUGCUGCGGCUGUGGCAGACCCUGUACAGCUUCUCCCAGCUGGGAGGCCUGGAAAAGGAUGGCAGCCUCGGCGAGGGCCUCACACUGAAGAAGCAGAGUGGCAUGCACUUGACUCUGCCCGAUGCCCACGAUGCAGACUCCGGUUCUCGGAGGGCAUCGUCCAUCGCAGCCUCCCGGUUGGAGGAGGCCAUGUCAGAGCUCACCGUGCCCAGCUCGGUUCUGAAGCAGGGCCCCAUGCAGCUGUGGACCACGCUGGAACAGAUCUGGCUCCAGGCUGCCGAGCUGUUCAUGGAGCAGCAGCACCUCAAGGAAGCAGGCUUCUGCAUCCAAGAGGCCGCGGGCCUCUUCCCCACGUCACACUCGGUACUCUACAUGCGGGGCCGGCUGGCCGAGAUGAAGGGCAGCUUGGAGGAGGCCAAGCAGCUGUACAAGGAGGCACUCACAGUGAACCCCGACGGCGUGCGCAUCAUGCAUAGCCUGGGUGUGAUGCUGAGUCAGCUGGGCCAUAAGAGCCUGGCCCAGAAGGUGCUACGGGACGCCGUGGAGAGGCAGAGCACCUGCCACGAGGCAUGGCAGGGCCUGGGCGAGGUGCUGCAGGCCCAGGGCCAGAGCGAGGCCGCCGUCGACUGCUUUCUCACCGCCCUCGAACUGGAGGCCAGCAGCCCAGUGCUGCCCUUCUCCAUCAUCCCCAGAGAGCUCUGAUUCGGCCUCGCAGCUUCUGGGAGGGAGGGAGCUGCCCAGCGGGCAGGCGGGCAGCAGGGAGCGUGGGUCAGGGGAGGUACGGGGCCUCAGGGCGAUACAUGUCUAGGGACCGUCUGCAGGCUGCAGCCCUAGUUCUCCUCGCCUCCCCCACCCCCACCCCCGCUUUCCCUCCAGGGCCCACUGGGACUGGGAGCUGCUCAUCUGGAGCAGGGUGGACCAGGUCUGCAUCAAAAACAAAUCCCUUGUUCCUUGGGACUCAGACUUCCUGGAGUUUAUGAGCAAGGAAUUAGCUGGGAGGCCACGUCAACGUGGGGGACGCUCCCCAGUGUACCUGUGCAUCGUCUAAAUGCGCAGUAAGGGUCUGUGUGGCUUGGGUACCUCCCCACCCCGUCUAAAAGCCCCUGCACUGUACCUGCCACCCUCCUUCAAUAUCUCUGACCCUGGAUUUCCCGGCUUUG